UUGGUUUGCGUACUGCUGUUUGACCUAUAUGGUGACCCUCAAGAUUUGCAAAUUUGCAGAGGGUCUGGAUACUAACGUGAAAGGAACCUUUCGUUUUAGAGGGAAAUUAUACUUCCUUUCUGCGACGCAUCCCUUCCACAAAAAGACGCAAAUGAACAAACGCGUAAUCAACUAAUGAACUCCCGCCCCUCCCCCAACUUAAUUCCAGGAUCUUGGAUCUGCCCUCUCCGCUUUCCCGAAGCUAUUCGGGCAGUGUCCGGACUUCAUCAGAGGGGGCUAGAAUCCAGCGUCUGCCUCUUCACCCCCAAUAUCUCCCGGCCUGACGCACGCGUGCUGACAGGGGAGGGGAAAGGGGAAAGCUUCGCUCGCAGAGAGCUCGCGGUCAGGGCACCCGGGAGGAGAUGCCCAACCAAGGUCCAGUGUCCGGCUGGACGGAGUGCAGUUCUUCCGCAGAGCCGCCCGCAGUGGCCAGGGCCGAGGGUGGCGGCGGCGGAUCAGCUGGACAUUCUUAUUACCAGAAUUCCAAAGGUACUGACAGAAUCAAAGAUGGAUACAAAGUGAACUCACCUAGAGCCAAGCUGCAAGAGUUAUGGAAAAUGCCUCAAACAAUUCACACCUCUAAGUCAAAGCCAGAGCCUUUCUUUCUAAAGCAUCCAGACCUCACCUUAGUCGAGAAGCGCUACCUGUGUAGCAUUGCUAAGAUCUAUAAUGCAAGCUAUCUGAGGACUUUAAUGAAGAGGCACUACAUGCAUGUGAUCCAGCGCAGCUCCCAAAAGCCAGGUGUCCUCACUCAUCACAGGGGCCACCUCAGUUCUCAUUCCUCACAGAAGCAGCAUUACCCCUGUACUACAUGGCGACACCAGCUGGAGAGAGAGGACUUGGGACCUUCUAACAUUGCAGCUGCAUCUGCACCUGAGAUGAUACAACAUUCGCUUUGGCGACCAGUGAGAAACAAAGAAGGUUUAAAAACUGGAUAUGCAUCUAAAACAAGAUGUAAAUCAUUGAAGAUUUUUAGAAAACCAGGCAGACUGUUCAUGAAAUCAGUUUCUACAAAUGAUUCUGAAUCAUACAUGAAUGAAGAAAAAAAGGAAGAAGAUUUACUAAAUAAGUGUAUGCAAUCAAUGUCAAUUGAAGAACAGGGAGAACAUCUGAUGUUAACUUGACAACCUGAGUAUUGAUGAUGUGCCAAAGGUGGGGGAAGGGAUUGUGAAUUGUGUCCUCUCUCUACAUUUAGGGCAGUAUUGUUAUUCAAGUAAUUUUAGCUUGUUCAGAAACUUUUACCACAACAUAAAAAGUCUGAUGUAGUUUCAUGCACUACUGAUAUUUAUGUAAUAAAAAUUAUGUGUAACACAUGCUUGUAUUCCUAGAUACAAUUAAAAUUUAUUGUCACCUAAAAUCUGAAUUAUUUUUCUUUAAAGCUGACAAAUGCAUUGUAUAAUUCUGUUUACAAGUCCUAAAAUAGCAACAUUAGAAUAUCCUAGAAAUAUUUUCCUCAGGCUGAGGAAAACUCUGAAUAUCCUGAUAUAGAACAGCCUUUGAUAGAGAUAAUACCCUGCCUUAUACAGAAGGUACUCAGUAAGUAUUAUCUUCUUGAACUUAAAAAUAGAAAUAUCAAUUUGCCCUAUUUUAGAAAAUUGCCAAACACUUGGACUCUCAAACUAAAGAUUUAAGUUUUAAUACAACAGUACAAGAGUUGUACUAACAAAACAACUAGUCACAUUACAUUUUCACUCUAGUGUUCUUACCUUCUAAACAUCAGUGUUUAAAAAAAUUUUUAAUUUUUUGAGGUACAGUUGAUAUACAUUAUGUAAGUUUCAGGUAUACAACAUAGUGAUUCACAAUUUUUAAAGGUUAUACUCCAUUUUUAGUUAUAAAAUACUGGCUAUAUUCCCUAUGUUAUACAAUAUAUCCUUGUAGCUUAUUCAUAUUUUAAGUUUGUACCUGUUGAUCCCCUUAUUCCUAUCUUGCCGCUCCCCCUGUAACCACUAGUUUGUUCUCUAUAUCCAUGUUGCCUUUUUGUUAUAUUCACUAAUUUUUUAGAUGCCACAAACAAGUGAUAUCUACAGUAAUCUGUCUUUCCCUGACUUUAUUUAGCAUAAUACCCUCCAAGUCUAUCCAUGUUUCUGCAAAUGGCAAAAUUUCACUUUUUUUAAUGGCGAGUAAUAUUCACAUCUUCAUCCAUUCAUCUGUUGAUGAAUCCUUAGGUUCUUUCCAUAUCUUAGCAAUUGUAAAUAAUACUGCUAUGAAUACAUGUGCAUGUUAUCUUCCUGAAUUAAACAUUAAUGUUUGCAAAAUUUUGUUGUUAAAACUUAAAAGAACAGGGCAUUUAAAAGCAACAGUCUGAAAAAUCACUGGAUUUACUAUGUCAAUAUGGUAUACUAUUUAGAAAAUAAAACCUGAGUCCAACAUUAUGAUCUAGAACAGUUGUUAAGGAAUGAGCUCUGAAGUCAUCUACCUUAUCACUGUAACACUUGUCUGCAGUUUCAUUUGGCCUCUUAUUUUCAUGAUUUUUAAAAAUUAAAACAGAGUUUAACCAAGAAAGUAUAAAUGAAAGGUAACUGUUUAUUACUGGAGAAGAGAAAAAUGUAUACAAGAAAGUCUAGGUUCUUCCUCUUCAUGCACUACUUUGGUAAUAAAGUUCCAAAUAUCAACUAUGAAGAUAUUUACAAGGCUAAAUUUUUUUUAACGUGUGACCAUUUACUGUGUAGUGAACAUUUUUUCAUAGAAAUCAUAUACUUAAACUAAAUAUAAUCUUAUAGUUUACAAGAAGCUCCAACACUGUAUUAACAGAAGACGAUAUAUUUUACUGCAAAAUAUUAUAAAAGUGAUACAAUUUUGUGGCUCUUAAAUGUUUAAUUACUUGAGUUGAACAGGGGAAUGAAAAAAAAAAAA